CCAGCCCGCCCGGGCGGCGGCGCAGAGCCGGGCGGCGCACGAGGCGGCAGCGCGGCCAUGACGGCGGAGGAGGCGCUGCCCCUGGGCAAUGGGAAGGCUGCCGAGGAGGCGCGGGAGUCCGAGGCGCCGGGUGGCGGCGGCGGCAGCGGGGACGCGGCGCCCGCGCGCGACCCGCGCGGCAAGCGCGACAAGGCGGUCCACGAGCGUGGCCACUGGAACAACAAGGUGGAGUUCGUGCUGAGCGUGGCCGGGGAGAUCGUUGGGCUGGGCAACGUGUGGCGCUUCCCCUACCUGUGCUACAAGAAUGGAGGAGGGGCAUUCCUGAUUCCCUACGUGGUGUUUUUUAUUUGCUGUGGAAUUCCUGUUUUUUUCUUGGAAACAGCUCUGGGGCAAUUCACAAGUGAAGGUGGCAUUACCUGUUGGAGGAAAGUUUGCCCUUUAUUUGAAGGCAUUGGCUAUGCAACGCAGGUGAUUGAGGCCCAUCUAAAUGUGUACUACAUCAUCAUCCUGGCAUGGGCCAUUUUUUACCUGUGCAAUUGCUUCACCACGGAGCUCCCCUGGGCCACUUGUGGGCAUGAGUGGAACACAGAAAAUUGUGUGGAGUUCCAGAAACUGAACGUGAGCAACUACAGCCAUGUGUCCCUGCAGAAUGCCACCUCCCCCGUCAUGGAGUUUUGGGAGCACCGGGUCCUGGCCAUCUCUGAUGGGAUCGACCACAUUGGGAGCCUCCGCUGGGAGCUGGCUUUGUGUCUCCUGGCAGCCUGGACCAUCUGUUACUUCUGUAUCUGGAAGGGGACCAAGUCUACAGGAAAGGUUGUGUACGUCACCGCCACAUUCCCCUACAUCAUGCUUCUGAUCCUCCUCAUACGAGGGGUCACAUUGCCUGGGGCCUCCGAGGACAUCAAGUUCUACUUGUACCCCGACCUCUCCUGGCUCUCUGACCCACAGGCCCUGGCUACCAGGCCAGUGCUCAGCUGCAAGGCUGGUCCACGGAGCAGCCACUUAGUGGCUUAG